CAACAACUCAAGCCGAGCUUCGUCUCAUCCCAUCUCUCUCUUGAACUGUCUGUUUGCUUCCGAAUUUUCAGCAUCUUCAGUGUUUUUUGUCUGCAGGUUUUUGAUUUGUCGGGUUGUCUUCUUUGUGGCCUAUCAUCAUCAUCAUCAUCAUCGUCAGCUCCGUUGCGGGUAUUCGCGCGUGCCGUUAAGCAUAGAAGCCACCCGCAUCCAUCCAUUCAUUUCACUUGUACACUCCUCCGCGCAUAGCUCGGCACCGGGAUCCAUUGAGGUUCUUGCCUUGACCGACACCGUGAUACAAACGGAACUAUAGACGCCAAAGAAAGUCGAAAGAGAAUCGAAACACACGGGAAAACAUGGGGGACGUUCGACAACUACGGGAUGAACACGCGGCAGCCAUUGCGAAGGCGAGCGCGCAAGAGCCGUCCAUUCAGGCCGUGGCAUUGCAAGCCACUACUUCUGCUUCCGGAAAGAAUGUCGCUAUUCUCGAACUGCCCACUGUCACACUCACUUGCGAGAAGGAUCACUUGGUGAUUCAAGAACAUACUGCUGCCACCAAGAAGUCACGUUCGUGCUGCCCAGUCACCCCUUCGCGCCGUCUCGCUCCCGGGUCCGUACCAUUCUACAACAUUCUCUGGGCCUACAUCACCCCCGACCGCAACUACCUCCGCAUCGACUUCGCCGAAGAGACCUCUCCCAAGAAACAUCAGCUCAUCGUCCGCCAACUCGAGUUCCCCCUCCCCUCAGCCUCUCUCCAAGGUGCCCGAGAGCGCGAGCCACUUCUCUCACCACCCUCCAUCCCUCCAGUCUCCGCCGCCACCUUAGACGCCUUUGUCGCCCGCGUCCUCGACCUCGCCUACCCUGCCCCCAUCCAGCGCCGCAAGCGCGCCUGGGUGCUUGUCAACCCGCAUGCCGGCCCCGGCGGCGCCGACAAGAUUUUUGAAAAGAAGGUCCGCCCCAUCUUCGAAGCGGCACGCAUGCCAUUGACCGUCGUCCGCACCACCUACUCCGGCGAAGCCGUCACCCUCGCGCAGGACCUGGAUAUUUCAGAGUACGACAUCGCAAUCCCCUGCUCCGGCGACGGGCUACCGCACGAAGUCUUCAAUGGGCUCUCCAAGCGGCCCGAUGCCCGCAAGGCGCUUGCCAAGCUAGCAGUGUGCCACAUACCCUGCGGCUCGGGCAACGCCAUGAGCUGUAACCUCUACGGUACCCACCGCCCUUCGCUGGCGGCGCUAGCCAUCGUCAAGGGCGUGCCGACGAAGCUGGACCUGUGCAGCGUCACGCUGCAAGAUGGAGAGCGUCUGACGAGCUUUCUGAGCCAGGCGUACGGCUUGAUUGCCGAUUUGGAUAUCACUACCGAGCAUCUGAGGUGGAUGGGUGCGGCGAGGUUUACGUACGGGUUUUUGACGCUGGCUAUCAGGAAGAAGACGUAUCCGUGUGAUGUGGCGAUGAAGGUGGAAGUGGGCGGGAAGGAGGAGAUUAGGGGGCAUUAUGCGAGGGGGGUGAAGGGGGCGGAGAGUGAUGUUGGGAAUGGGGAGGCUAGCGGGGAUGGGGAGGAGGGUGGUAGUAGCGAUGGGGAAGGAGAAGGAGAGGGAGAGGGAAUGCCGGGGUUGAAGUAUGGAACGGUGAAUGAUAAGUUGCCGGAGGAUUGGGAGGUGGUUCCGCAUGAAAAGUUGGGGAGCUUUUACUGCGGUAAUAUGGCCUACAUGGCCCCAGACGCCAACUUCUUCUCCGCCGCCCUCGCCAACGAUGGUUUGUUGGACCUCAUCACGACCGACGGCGACAUCUCCCUCUGGAAGAACAUCAACCUCCAACUCUCGGUCGAAUCAGGCCACUUCUUCGACAACCCCUUGGUUUCCUAUCGCAAGGUCUCCGCUUUCCGCUUGACACCCCGAUACCAGGACCCGAAUGGAGUGAUCAGCAUCGAUGGCGAAGCGCGACCGUUCGCUCCCUUCCAGGUGGAGGUACACAAGGGCCUGGGGCUGACCCUCAGUAAGAGGGGUGUGUUCGAAGCGCCGGGGCCGCAUGGGUGGGACAAGGUCACGACGACGGAAAGGUUGAUGGCCUAGGUGGCUUGGAUGGCCGUGAAGAUGAGAAUCUGGAAGGUUUUUAUCGAUGAGAAAUUGAGCGUUCCGGGUAAAGGGUUGGAGCAGCGUGAGCUUAAGGACUUGGGGAACGUGACGCUGGGGGACGGGUCAUACCGAGCACUAGGAACCAAGGUAAUGGAAAAGGGAAAAUUUCAUGGUAAUGGAGGAGGUUAGGGUGGGGUCUUAUGAGCGGGAUGGGAUGGAUGAUUAUGAGAAAAGGUGGCUGAUGUUGAAUAAGGAGGGCUGCGGCUUUGGGUUGGUGGGCUGAACUGGAAGAGUGGACGACUGUGGAGAUAUAGGUUCAAGUACAUAACAUUGAUGAUACCCUUUGUUGAUAAGCGAAGAUGGUAGAUAGAGAGCGAAAGAAAUUGCGUUUCGUUUAUGGUUUCG